AUGUCAUCAAAUUGGGAGUCGCAACUGACUGCCAGAGAGGUUAAUGCCUACAAGCAGUACUUUCAGGCUGCUGCCAAGAGCCAACCCAAUGUAGUCUCUGGCAUGGAGGCUGUCCAGUUCUUUGCCAAGUCUGGAUUGCCCAACGAUAUACUAUCUCAAAUUUGGGAAACUGCUGACGAAAAGAAUCUCGGGUAUCUCACGCCAGACACAUUUGCUAUCGCACUCAAACUUAUCGCUUGUGCGCAAAAUAAGAUUCAGGCAAAAGAGCCAUUGUUUUCGACUGUGACACCAUUGCCCAACAUCCAAGGCGUCCAGGUGAUCCACUCAUCCAGCAGCAGCUUAAACUCGACUACAUCUUUUACUGCCGCUAUUUCGCCACAGGAAAAGAAGAAAUAUCAGUCCAUUUACCAUAGCCAGCAGCCGACACCGAAUGGCAUUCCUGCUGAAACUGCCAAAGCCCUUUUUGUUAAGUCGAGAUUACCCAAUGACCAACUAGCUCAAAUUUGGAAUUUGGCCGACAUUCGUAAAUGCGGAUAUUUGGAUGAAACUGAAUUUGUAGUCGCCAUGCAUUACAUUGCUAAACUUAUGGACAAAACAUUAACAUCACUACCCUCUAUUCUACCGCCCGACGUCUAUCUAGCAGCAUCCUCGGACAACAAUGCAACACAUCCAAACUUGGUGUCAUCGCCCAAGCCCAUCAUGUCGUCUCCAUUAAUGCAAUCCAGGGCCAAUAAAAUUGACAGCAUUGGCAGCAUGGCAUUUGCUCCUUCAUCGGCACCUCAACAGCAGCAACAGGAAUGGGAUAUUACGGCUCAUGAAAAGGCCCAGUACGAUACGUUUUUUGCAAAACUGGAUAAAAACCAUACAGGCAUUAUUCAAGGCACUGACGCAGUGGACUUUUUCAAAAAUUCAAAAUUGCCAGAGUCUGAUUUAGCAAAGAUUUGGGAUUUGGCGGAUAUUGGCAGCACUGGAUCACUGAAUGCAAACGAAUUUGCCAUCGCUAUGCAUCUCAUUCACAAGAAACUGACUGGCCAAAUGCUGCCUGUCGUAUUACCUCAGUCCUUGUUUCCACCUCCAACGCUAAAAAUGCCUUAUUCACUCGAUCAGUCACUGCCUGCGAGAAAUCUCACUAGCUCAUCCUUUGCAGCAGCUGCAGCAGCACAACCACCUCCUCCUCUCCAAGCCGAGGAAGAUCUACUAGGCGAUUUUGGAAACGAGAAUUUGACAGAAGAGACAAACAAGGUUAAUUUGCUACAAAAUCAAAUCACAUCUACCAAGAAGUCAACCGCGGAUAUCGAAGCACAGCACAAGAAGGCAGUUCAAUCACUUGGAUUUUUGCGUGAAAAGAAGCAAGACCUCCAGAGCCAAGUAGACAAUCUGAAGAAGCAAAGCGAAACAGAGGCCAGCACCUUAAACACUUUGAAGGCUGAUUUGGAAAAGGAGCAACCUACAUGGGCCUCUGCACAAUCGGAUGUCGACACUGCUGAAGCAAAACUCAAACAAGUGCAAGAGGAAUUGGCUCAAGCUAAGCAAGAGCUUAAAGAUGGUCAACUAGAGAACGAGAAAUUACGCCGCAGUGUGCACAAUGUUCAAAUGGAAUCCAUGCGUUUGGAGAAGGAAUUGGAUGCUUUACAUGAGGAGAAUAGAAAGAAGCAAGAGGCUGCUGCUGCUCGUCGUAAGAGAAGAGAGGAAAAGGCUGCUGCUGCUGCCGCUGCUGAGCUCAAGCGAAAACAAGAAGAAGAGGAGGCUGCUCGCAAAGCUGAAGAAGCAAGAUUGGCUGAGGAAGCACGCCUAGCCGAAGAGGCCAGAUUAGCAGAAGAAGCUCGUAAAGCAGAAGAGGCCAGAUUAGCCGAAGAAGCCAGAUUAGCAGAAGAGGCUCGCAAGGCAGAGGAAGCUCGUUUGGCUGAGGAAGCUCGCAAAGCAGAGGAAGCUCGCAAAGCAGAGGAAGCUCGCAAAGCCGAAGAAGCUCGUAAAGCAGAGGAAGCUCGUUUGGCUGAAGAAGCUCGUAAGGCAGAGGAAGCUCGCUUGGCAGAAGAGGCUCGCAAAGCCGAAGAAGCACGUCUGGCAGAAGAGGCUCGUUUAGCAGAGGAGACUCGCAAGGCAGAGGAAGCUCGCAAGGCAGAAGAGGCUCGUUUAGCUGAAGAAGAAAGGCUCAAGGAAGAAGCUCGUAAAGCAGAGGAAGAACGUUUGGCUGAAGAAGCUCGUAAGGCGGAAGAGGCACGCCUAGCUGAAGAAGCUCGUAAGGCGGAAGAGGCACGCCUAGCUGAAGAAGCUCGUUUGGCUGAAGAAGCUCGUUUGGCUGAAGAAGCUCGUUUGGCUGAAGAAGCUCGUUUGGCUGAAGAAGCUCGUUUGGCUGAAGAAGCUCGUUUGGCUGAAGAGGCUCGUUUGGCUGAAGAAGCUCGUAAAGCAGAAGAGGCUCGUAAAGCAGAAGAAGUUCGCAAGGCUGAAGAAGCUCGUUUAAUUGAAAAAGAAAGACUCAAGGAAGAGGCUCGUAAAGCAGAAGAAGCCAGAUUGGCAGAGGAGGAAGCUCGCAAAGCAGCAGAGAAAGAGGAAGAAGAAAGGCUAGCUGCUGAAGCACGAUUAGCCGAAGAAGCCAAGCUCAAGCAAAAGCAAGAAGAGGAGGAAGAAGCGGCUCGUAUUGCUGCCGCCAAUGAAGCAGAAGCAGCUCGUAAACGGGCUGAAGAAGAAGAGCGUAUUCGACUUGAACAAGAGGAAGAGCAGACAAAACAGGCUCAAUUAGCUAAAGAACAAGAGGAGAAGCGAUUAGCCGAUGAGAAACGUGCUAAAUUGGAGAAAGAGCAGAACGAUUUGAAUGGAUCAAAGCUUACCAAAAUUGCUGCUGUAGGCGCUACUGCUGCUGGUGCAGCUACUGUUGCUCAUCGCCUGUCAGAGGAAAGAGGUAUUUCUGCUACUGCUACUGCUACUGAUUCAGAACCCUCUGACCCCAACACAUUGGAUAUGCAGGAGAACGUGACCAAAUCAGAUGAAAAUAACGAUAAUAUGAUAAGAGAUUUAGCUGCUGCAGUCCCUGCUUCUGCAGUUGCUGCUUCCAACAUGGAUGGUGCUGGCACCAAACUAAACAGUAAAGCUAGCGAAGAAGUGCUGACAGAUGAAACGGAGAGUAUGGAUGAUUUCUUUGAUGCCGAGGAGGAUGGAACACCUGCUGUCCCACGAAGCGCUCCUUCUGACAAGCAACAACAAGACCGUGCUGCUGCCAAUGCGACGCCAACUGACGAGAAUGAAUUUGUCAUGAUUGACCACCCUGCUGUUGUACCUGAAAUUCAUGCAGAGACCAGUCCCAAUCCAGAAAGCAAUGAUCCUGCUACUACCACCACUACCACUGUUCCAACUGCACCUAUGGAUAACCUAGAAGCCACUCAAUUCAGGGAAAAGCAAGCCCCUGUAACAGACGCUAAUAAACCGGUAAUCGCGGAGACCGCUCAUCAACCCGUUAAGGAAAACUCGACUCCCUUUGAUGCCGUUUUUGGUGUCAACCAAGACCAACAACAACAACAACAACAACAACAGCAACAACAACAGCAACAGCAUGAACAAGAUGAACCUGUUAUGGUCAGCUCUCUUUCUAGCUCAGAAAUAUCUGAUCCUUUUACCGCAAGCACAAACAGUAGCACGCAUCGUGUUGCACCACCACCACCACCACAAUCCAGACGCAGCGCAUCAACUACAACAACACCCUCAUCAUCUACUCAACAUGCCAAGAAGCCUCCUGCCCCACCACCAUCUCGCUCUCAGGUAGCAGCAACAGUAGCUGAGCCACAAGACUUUGAUGCCAUCUUUGGUACGCCUGUGCCACCACCACCACCAGCAGCAGCAGCAGCAGCAGCAUCCUCAGCGUAUUCAAUGCAUGAUGGAUUUGAGAGCGACGAUAACGAUGAAUUUGAUACAUACUUUUCAGAUCCAAAGUUUGCCAACAACAACAACAACAACAACAACAAGCACGGAGAAACACCAAACCAAGAAAGUGAAUUUGAUUCUGUGUUUGCUGUUACACCAACAUCUGAUAUUCAUGCUGCUUCUUCAGGUCCUAGCAUGAAUCAUGCUGUUGUGUCAAAUGAGAAUAUUAACAAUGUCAACAAAGAACAUGUCUCGACAACUAGCCCCUUCGGUCCAUCUGGAUUUGAGACACACGCAAAAAACGACCCAUUUGCCGCUACACAACCCCAGCAUGGGUUUCAAGACUUGUUUGGCCAGUCAUCAACAGUGCCCGCUGCUUCGUCAGUUGCAUUACCUGAGACUGAGCUUGCUGGUUCAUCAUUAAAGGGUGAAAAUCAAGGAGUAGAAUCUACCAUAAAUGAUACGAGAGGGGUUAAAGAAGAACAAAAACAACCACAAGGCCAGCAGCGUGUCAAGGAGCAACAGGAGCAAGCAAGCACAACGGCAAAUGAGCCUGCCACUGCCACUUCCUCCAAAUCAGUGCCAGAUGAUGGCAAAAAGAAAAAGAAAAAGAAAAAUAUCGUGUCAUGGGCCAAGAGUUUUGGUGGAUUCGAUUUUUCUGGCCUCGACAAUGAAGACAAAAAGAAGAAGAAGGCCGAAAAGAAGAGCCACAAGAAGGAGCAACAACAAUCCAAGAAUCACGCCAGUAGUAGUAAUACAUCAUCCGUAGCAUCAGUGCCUACUCAAACUCGAAACAGCAGUGGAUUUGAUGAUAGUAUUCAGCAGGCACCCACUGCACCCACAACAACAACAGCACCGUCGCAAACAACCACGACACCCGCUGCGACUACUACCAUAAACACAAACAAUAACACCAACAACUUUGCCUACGACUUGGACACGAUUCAAGGCAGCCAUAUUGCUGAAUUAGUAAAUAUGGGAUUUGAUCCAGCUGCUGCUUUGGAAGCAUUGGAUCGUUACGACCAAGACUUGGAGAAGGCUACCAACUUUUUAUUGGAUCAAGCUUAUAAUUAA